GCAGACUGAGGGUUCCUACUCGGUUUCUGACGAUGUAACGAACAAAGCGGACAGCUACAUAUUCUCUUCCUGUUUCCAACAGCUGUCGUUUCUACGACAAACACAGACGGUCACCGGUUAACGGGGCCACUCGUUAAACCGAAACACCGGUCGUCGUGGCGCAGCUUCAUUUCUCUGUGAUGUUACCGACACUUUUACGCCUCUUUGCUCAUCUUGUUGGCUUAUUGCUGUGAGCGGGUUGCAGUGCAGCUCUGACUCCAGGAAACAGCUCACCGGUGUCGAAGCCUUUUCUCUGCUGCCGUCGAGUGAGAGUCUGCUUCAUCAACACUUUGGGCGUUUUGAAGAAACUGUGAAAGUGGAUGUGAGUUGAGCAGCAUGAGUCAGUGUGAGGACAGAGAGGAGGGAGUCCCUCCCUCUAAAAGCACUCUGUGUGGGGAACAUGACAGCCAGACCAAAGCUCAGAGGAUCUAUAGGAGACCAGCUUCUGCUGGACCUGGACCUGGACCUGGACCCAGCUUUGUGUCCUUCAAGAGUGACUGGUCAAAUGAUCGUAUCAUUGAUUUUAAAGGAGGACAACCCUCUGCUGCAAUGAGUGUCGACCAGGAGAGCUCAGAGGUUCCCAGUGGUCAGUCUGCCCAGCAGCAUCAAACACACCUGGACUCCAUAUUUAUGCUGCUGGAGGAGAACAUUGUCACUUUUGUGAAGAAUGAGCUGAAGCAGAUCCAGAAGGGUCUGAGUUCAGAUUACCCAGAAUGCUUGGAGAGUCAGAAGGAGGAUGAGGAGUUGUUGGAGGGUAAGGAGGAAGAACAGAGGAGGAGCAGCAGAGAGGCAUUUCUGAAGAUCACACAGCACUUCCUGAGGAGAAUGAAGCAGGAGGAGCUGGCUGAGCGUCUGCAGAGCAGACCUUCUGUUGUAGAUUGUCAGCAAGAACUCAAAUCCAACCUGAAGAAGAAGUUCCAGUGUGUGUUUGAGGGGAUUGCUAAAGCAGGAAACCCAACCUUUCUGAACCAGAUCUACACAGAGCUCUACAUCACAGAGGGAGGGACUGCAGAGGUCAAUGAUGAACAUGAGGUCAGACAGAUUGAAACAGCAUCCAGGAAACCAGCCAGACCAGAAACAAUCAUCACACAAGAAGACAUCUUUAAAGGCUCACCUGGAAGAGAUGAACCAAUCAGAACAGUGAUGACAAAGGGAGUGGCUGGCAUUGGGAAAACAGUCUUAACGCAGAAGUUCACUCUGGACUGGGCUGAAGACAAAGCCAACCAGGACAUCCAGUUCAUAUUUCCAUUCACUUUCAGAGAGCUGAAUGUGCUGAAAGAGAAAAAGUACAGCUUGGUGGAACUUGUUCAUCACUUCUUUCCUGAAACCAAAGAAGCAGGAAUCUGCAGCUUUGAAGAGUUCCAGGUUGUGUUCAUCUUUGACGGUCUGGAUGAGUGUCGACUUCCUCUGGACUUCCACAACAAUGAGGUCCUGACUCAUGUCACAGAGUCCACCUCAGUGGAUGUGCUGCUGACAAACCUCAUCAGGGGGAACCUGCUUCCCUCUGCUCGCCUCUGGAUAACCACACGACCUGCAGCAGCCAAUCAGAUCCCUCCUGGGUGUGUUGACAUGGUGACAGAGGUCAGAGGGUUCAAUGACCCACAGAAGGAGGAGUACUUCAGGAAGAGAUUCAGAGAUGAGGAGCAGGCCAGCAGAAUCAUCUCCCACAUCAAGACAUCACGAAGCCUCCACAUCAUGUGCCACAUCCCAGUCUUCUGCUGGAUCACUGCUACAGUUCUGGAGGAGGUGUUGAAGACCAGAGAGGGAGGAGAGCUGCCCAAGACCCUGACUGAGAUGUACAUCCAUUUCCUGGUGGUUCAGUCCAAAGUGAAGAACAUCAAGUAUGAUGGAGGAGCUGAGACAGAUCCACACUGGAGUCCAGAGAGCAGGAAGAUGAUUGAGUCUCUGGGAAAACUGGCUUUUGAGCAGCUGCAGAAAGGCAACCUGAUCUUCUAUGAAUCAGACCUGACAGAGUGUGGCAUCGAUAUCAGAGCAGCCUCAGUGUACUCAGGAGUGUUCACACAGAUCUUUAAAGAGGAGAGAGGGCUGUACCAGGACAAGGUGUUCUGCUUCGUCCAUCUGAGCGUUCAGGAGUUUCUGGCUGCUCUUCAUGUCCAUUUGACAUUCAUCUGCUCUGGUGUCAAUCUACUGUCAGAAGAACAAACCACAUCCCAGAAGUCUGAAACAAGAAAAGAUGAAUCUGCAGUGACACAGUUCUACCAGAGUGCUGUGGACCAGGCCUUGCAGAGUCCAAAUGGACACCUGGACUUGUUCCUCCGCUUCCUCCUGGGUCUUUCACUGCAGACCAAUCAGACUCUCCUACGAGGCCUGCUGACACAUACAGGUAGUGGCUUGGAGACCAAUCAGGUAACGGUUGAGUACAUCAAGAAGAAGAUUGAAGAGACUCCCUCUGCAGAGAAAAGCAUCAAUCUGUUCCACUGUCUGAAUGAACUGAAGGAUCGUUCUCUAGAGGAGAAGAUCCAACAGUCCCUGAGUUCAGGAAGUCUCUCCACAGAUAAACUCUCUCCUGCUCAGUGGUCAGCUCUGGUCUUCAUCUUACUGUCAUCAGAAAAAGAUCUGGACGUGUUUGACCUGAAGAAAUACUCUUCUUCAGAGGAGGCUCUUCUGAGGCUGCUGCCAGUGGUCAAAGCAUCCAAGAAAGCUCUACUUAGUGGCUGUAACCUCUCGGAGAGUAGCUGUGAAGCUCUGUCCUCAGUUCUCAGCUCCCGGUCCUCUUGUCUGAGAGAGCUGGACCUGAGUAACAACAACUUGCAGGAUUCAGGAGUGAAGCUGCUGUCUGCUGGACUGAAGAGUCCACACAGGAAACUUGAAACUCUCAGGCUGUCAGGCUGUCUGAUCACAGAGAAAGGCUGUGCUUCUCUGGCCUCAGCUCUGAGCUCAAACCCCUCCCAUCUGAGAGAGCUGGACCUGAGCUACAAUGAUCCUGGAGACUCGGGAGUGAAGCUGCUGUCUCCUGGACUGGAUAGUCCACAAUGUACAAUGGAAACGCUGAGGCUGUCAGGCUGUCUGAUCACAGAGGAAGGCUGUGCUUUUCUGGCCUCAGCUCUGAGCUCCAACCCCUCCUAUCUGAGAGAGCUGGACCUGAGCUACAAUCAUCCAGGAGACGCAGGAGUGACGCUGCUGUCUGCUGGACUGGAGGAUCCACACUGGAGACUGGACACUCUAAGACUGAGUGGCUGUAACCUCUCAGAGAGAGGCUGUGAAGCUCUGUUGUCAGUUCUCAGCACCCAAUCCUCUAGUCUGAGAGAGUUGGACUUGAGUAACAACAAUCUGCAGGAUUCAGGAGUGAAGUUGUUGUCUGCUGGACUGGGGAGUCCACACUGUACACUGGAAACCCUGAGGCUGUCAGGCUGUCUGAUCACAGAGGAAGGCUGUACUUCUCUGGCCUCAGCUCUAAACUCCAACCCCUCCCAUCUGAGAGAGCUGGACCUGAGCUACAAUCAUCCAGGACACUCAGGAGUGGGGCUGCUGUCUGCUGGACUGGAUGAUCCACACUGGAAACUGGACACUCUCAGGGUGGAGCCUGCUGGAGUCCGAUGGUUGAGACCAGGUCUGAGGAAGUAUUCCUGUGAACUCACAAUCGACACAAACACAGUAAGCAGAUGGAUCAAACUGUCUGACAACAACAGGAAGGUGACGCGUGAGGAGGAUGAUCAGCCAUAUCCUGAUCAUCCAGACAGGUUUGACUACUGGAGGCAGCUUCUGUGUAGAGAUGGUCUGACUGGUCGCUGUUACUGGGAGGUCGAGUGGAGAGGAAGAGUUGAUAUAUCAGUGACUUACAGAGGAAUCAGAAGGAGAGGAGAGAGUAAAGACCGUAUGUUUGGAAGGAACAAUCAGUCCUGGAGUCUGGAGUGCUCUGAUGAUGGUCGUUACUCUGUGUGGCACAAUAACAGAACAAUAUCCUCCUCCUCCUCCUUCUCCUCUGGUAGAGUAGUAGUGUAUGUGGACUGUCCUGCUGGCUCUCUGUCCUUCUACAGAGUCUCCUCUGACACACUGAUCCACAUCCACACCUUCAACACCACAUUCACUGAACCUCUUUAUCCUGGCUUUGGGCUCAGGUGGUCCUGGUCUGGUUCCUCAGUGUCCCUGUGUUCUGUGUAG